GUAUCAAACUAUAACAACAACUUCUCAUCUAUUUAAGUAGCUCAAAUCUUAUAAAAUGUUACUUAACUUGAAUCAGCAAACAUGACACGUAAACUCCCGUGGAAGAGGCUGGCUGAGAGAAGCAUUGCUAGUCCUCCAAAGCCAGCUACGCCAGCUUCCGUCAGGCCACAGAAAGUAAAGCGCGAUGAUUUGGACGGGGGCGAUAAAGAGCCAGGAGCUUCACCGGCGCCGAAUAAAAGAAUAAAGAAAGUUGAUUCUAGUAGUACAACACCCAAUAGAGUGCCUCGAGCUGGAUCAACAUCGCCACCACCAGAGCCACUGCCAGAAAGGUACAUGAUUGAAGGCCUUGAGAAUGAUGAUCUAUACCGUAUGGUAGAGGAUGAAUUUCUCUCAACUGCCCAGCAAUUUACCGCUCAUCUUCAUGCUGCGGAAUACCAUCGGUUGAAGGCUGCCUCUAAAUCGCAGAAUGCGGACACCAUUAGAGAUAUUUCGAGGCCGGUAGUGGGGCGAAUGACUGAUCUAGUCAAGAAGAAACAGGAACGCAAGACUCGGUUCGAGAGGCAGAAGGAGGUAAUCAGAAAGGCCAGGGCGAACAAAGGCCAAGAUGGCGAAACAGAGAGGGAAGAAGAUUCUUGGCAGAGCGCGUCGCUGUAUGGUCUCAUGGAGAGUCCAAGAAAACAGGCCACACGUCUAGAUAAUCUCACAAAAGCGAUCACUACAACUCGCGCUGCUGCGGGUUUCAGCACUACCAAACAUCUAUCAUCACCUACUACCCCUAGUCGAGUCAUUCGCACUCUUCCUGGCGCUAAACCCAUGACUAAGCCGUCGUUGAGGGAAGCUAGUGAGACGGAAGAUGACGAUGAUUAUAAUCAGGCAUCUCCUCCUCUCGAGAUUCGUACGAAAUCAACGUGGGCAGCAUCGUCAUCUACAACUCAACCCACCGGGCCAAAACAGGCUCAUAGUAUCACGAGGGAUAGUCCAUCAUCACGCUACUCAACGCAUACGGCACGACCUACCGUCCAGAAAGAAGCACUAGAGGCCGCAAAAGACGCGGACCAACCAGACGACGCCGAGGCAGAUUUCCUCGCGCGCCUCAAGCGUCGACAGGAAGACCGCCACCGCAACCGCGAACAGCGCAAACUAGCAGCGAGCAAAGCACAACAGUCAAAGCGAUCAACGACAGACGACAUCAUCCCAGGAUUCUUAUAAAUUAUGAUUCCGAUUAAUACACGAGAAAUUUGAGACGCUAACUAUGUAUGUAUUUAAGGAGAAGGCUUGUAAGGUGUCUGGUACGGGCGCUCGGCCUGCGGGGUUAUGCGGGCGAGGUGCCGGCGCUGGCCGCUCUUCCAGUCGAGCAGCGCCGAGUGCUGCGUCACGCGGUUGUCCCACACGACGACGGUGCCCUCGGCCCACUUGACGCGCGCCUGGAAGUCGGCGCCGUAGGCGAGGUGGUCAUACAGGAAUUUCAGGAUCGUGUCGGAUUCCUCCUUCUUGAGGCCGACGAU